AUGGGUGAGUGGGGGUUCUUGAGCUCCCUUCUGGACGCGGUGCAGGAGCACUCUCCCAUGGUGGGCCGUUUCUGGCUGGUGGUGAUGCUCAUCUUCCGCAUCCUGAUCCUGGCCACGGUGGGCAGCGACGUCUUCGACGACGAGCAGGAGGAGUUUGAGUGCAACACGCGGCAGGUUGGCUGCAAGCAGAUCUGCUACGACUUGGCCUUCCCCAUCUCCCACUACCGCUUCUGGGUCUUCCACAUUGUGGUGCUCUCUGCCCCGGCGGUCCUCUUUGUCAUCUACUCCAUGCACCAGACCACGAAGAUCAACCAGAAGGAGAUGGAAGAGGGAGAGGAGGAUGCCAGCCGGGCGGGGGGAAAGGCCCCCGCAAAAAUCAGGCCCCAGCCCAGCCAGCGCAGCCAAAACAUCAAGAACUUCUACAUUGUCAACGUGGUGGUGAGGAUCUUGGCUGAGAUGGGCUUCCUGGUCGGACAGUGGAUGUUGUACGGCUUCCAAGUGGGGUAUCAGUACAUCUGCAAGCAUCACCUGUGUCCUCACCUCAUCGACUGCUUUGUCUCUCGGCCAACCGAGAAGACCAUCUUCAUCCAGUUCUACUUCAUGGUGGGGCUGGUUUCGGCCUUGCUCAGCUUGGUGGAGCUGGCCCACCUCUUGUUCAAGAACCGCUGCAGGAGGCGCCGCACGAUUGCCCCGCCCACCACUGCCUCUUACGAACAGCAGGACAACUGGUCCAAUCAGAAGCAAGAGAAAAAAUCGCAGCACUUCCUGGCCCCAGCAGAGGGAGGUGCCAAUGGGAUGCCUUCUCAUGGUGGGAUUCCCAAUCACUAUGAGCCCAAGGCUCACUUCCACCAUAAGAGUUCCACGAAGAGCAGCCGGUCCUCUCGCUCUUCUUCUGCCAGAGCUGACUUGACCGUGUGAGGCCAGGGAGCUCCCUCUCUCCUCUGCCUAGCUGGUUGUUCCCUGGAUGAGCUGGACUCCUCCAGCUGGAAUAAUCACACCUAUGAACUGUGUUUGCAGCCUGGCCCAAAUUAG